AUGUCGUCAUCAGAACCGGAGCCAGAUCAACCCGGUAUUUACCGAAGUGAGCAGAUGACACUCGCUCAACUUUUUCUCCAGUCUGAAGCUGCUUACCAAUGUGUUGCCGAACUCGGUGAACUUGGACUGGUCCAAUUUCGAGAUAUCGGUGGAAAGGGGUCCCGCAGAAAGGAGCAACCGGAUGAGGACGUCCCUUUGAACACUGGAAAAGCAUGUGCUGGUAUUUUUUUGCGGACGCAAAGUUACCCUGCGUGGAUGGAACAGAAGCGUGAGGUAGAAAGACAGCUGCACGAACAGGAGAAGAACCAGAAUUGUUCAUCGAUGCCAACAUCUGAUAUGAUUAUUGGCAAGCAUCUCUGUCAGAUCUUGAAAAUGAAUACUAUAAUAGUAAUAUAA